AUGCUCUCUUGGAUUGCCAGACUUAAGAACUUGACAGAUUUGAAGCUGGAAGGCUUUGAUUUCUCUGGGCUGAUUCCCUGGUGGAUCAAAAACUGUACGAAUCUGAUGAGCUUAGAGCUCAGUGCUUGCAGUUUAUCUGGGGAAAUACCUACUUGGAUUGGGAACUUGACCAAGCUUUCAUAUUUGGACUUAGCAGAUAAUAUGUUGAGCGGCAAAAUUUCAAAUCUUGGUCAAAUGAAGUUGACCAAGCUUUCAUAUUUGGACUUAUCAUAUAAUAGGCUCAGCGGCGAAAUCCCAAAGGCUUUGUUCGCUCUUCCAUCACUGGAGGCCCUAAUGCUAUCAUCAAAUGAACUUUGUGGAACUCUAAAAGACAUUCCAAACCCCUUAUCUUCCAUCAUGUACUCCAUCGACCUAAGCAAUAACAGCCUUGCAGGUCAUAUACCCAAAUCUUUCUUUGAUGUUACGAGACUUCAACAACUCAAGCUUGACUCGAAUCACUUCCAAGGCACAGUAGAACUUAGCCUUCUUUGGAAGCUCAGGAGCCUUUAUUCAUUGAUGUUCUCCAAUAAUAUGGUAUCAGUGAAAGAUGUUGAGGAUGACUAUCCAUUCCCUUACAUCGGUAACAUCAGAGAACUAGGACUAGCAUCUUGCAACCUUACAAAAAUUCCAGUUGCAUUGAGGUAUACAAAUGAGUUGUCUUCCUUGGACCUCUCAAACAACCGAAUAGAUGGAGUCAUACCAAGUUGGAUAUGGAUGAUUUGGAAGGAUAGUAUAUACUCGUUGGACCUCUCAAACAAUAUGUUCACUUGCCUUGAAAACUCCCCUUCUAUUGUUCAUAUGCACAAUUUAGAAUAUCUCAACCUUAGUUCCAACCAACUGCAUGGCAGUGUGCCCACACCACUCACAGCUAGAAAGUCCGGGGCUAUCUUAGAUUACUCAAACAAUAGCUUCUCUUCUAUUAUACCCGACUUUGGUAGGUAUCUUCCCAACAAUACCCUUUACCUUGAUAUGUCCAGGAAUAAAUUAAGUGGUCACAUACCAAGAUCUAUCUGUACCCAACAUGAUCUUGAUAUACUGGACCUAUCAUACAACAAUUUCAGCGGUGUGGUACCAUCUUGUCUAAUGCAAGGUUACAAUAGCUUGAGUACGUUGAAGUUGAGAGAGAAUCAUUUCCAUGGGAUACUGCCUGAAAAUAUUAUAGAAGGAUGUAUGCUUCAGACAAUAGAUUUGAACAACAAUCUAAUUGAAGGGGAAAUACCCAGAUCACUAUCAAAUUGCCAAGGCCUAGAGCUCCUUGAUGCUGGUAACAACCAAAUUGUCGGUUCUUUUCCAUCUUGGUUGGGUAUUCUUCCACAUCUUCGAGUUCUUGUCUUGAGAUCCAACCAACUAAACGGCGCCAUAAGGGAUAUUAAACGUGAUCAUACAAUCAACAACUACUUUGCAAGUUUGCAAAUACUUGAUUUGGCCUCCAACAACUUUUCUGGAAACCUACCAAAAGGAUGGUUUAAUGAACUCAAAGCAAUGAUGGAAAAUGUCAGUGAUAAGGGACAAGUUCUAGGACAUGAGACAUAUUUAGGUGCACGAUUUUAUCAAGACACGGUUACCAUAACAUUCAAAGGUUCUGAUCUUAGUUUCACCAAAAUCCUAAGCACUUUCAAUGCAAUAGAUUUCUCAAAUAACUCAUUUGAUGGUCCUAUUCCGGAGUCAAUUGGGAGGCUUGUUUCCCUGCGCGGACUUAACAUGUCAUACAACAACUUCAUGGGACAAAUUCCAUUUCAGUACAGAAACUUGUCUCAGCUGGAAGCAAUGGAUCUCUCUUGGAACCAGAUAACAGGGGAAAUACCGCAGGAGUUAACCUCACUUACUUCUCUUGAAUGGUUGAAUCUUUCAUACAAUAACUUGUAUGGAAGAAUCCCGCAAGGAAACCAGUUCUCAACAUUUUCAGACAGUUCAUUUGAAGGUAAUGCAGGCCUCUGUGGAGUUCCACUCUCCAAACACUGUGACAAUCAAAGUUCAAUUUCUCCAACUGGAGUGGCUCUUCCGGAAUCUGAGGGUUUGUGGCAGGACAAACUCGGCGUUAUCCUUUUGUUCGCAUUUGUUGGCUUGGGAUUUGGAGUCGGCUUUGCAUUGUCAUUCUUGUUGCGACUGUAUUGCCGCGUGGAAGGAUGGAUCUCCAAGCAAGCAUGA